UUAAUGUUCACAUGUGGGAUGGUUUUGUAUACUUAUUCAUUGUAGUAUGUGAUUCUGAGAAGGAAUUGGAUUGUCUUAAGGGUGAUUUUGAUGAAAUGAGGAAUAGAAUUUACUAUUUGUAUAGUAAUGGAGGUACUGGUGAAGAUAAAUAUAAUACGACUAACGAAAUAAUGGAUCAAUAUGUAAGAAGUCGAUUUAAAAAGAAUGAGGAGCUGCGUAACAAAGUAAUGAUAUCAGUAUUUAGACAACUUGAAUCUCAUAAUGUUUAUGACCCAUCUCUAUCAGAUAUGAUUCAUUUAUUUGACAAAAUGUCUAGGUUUCAAUUAAAAUCAUUGCGAAAUAUGUUUAUAUCGCGUAUUUAUGGGUAUUCUAAAUUCAGUGAAUAUUUAUAUAAAAGUUGGAGCAAGAAAUAUUAUACAAAGAAUAAGAUAUAUGAAGAUUUUCGUCCAGAAGAUAAAAAAGUCAAACAGAAAGUUUAUCAAAACAUUGAUGAUACAGAGAAUAAGAAAGAUGAUGACUCUCAUCAAGAAGAUAAAAAAAUUAAUGCAAAAGAACAAAAUGUUGAUCAAAAUAUUGACCAAAAUAAGAGCAAAAAUUAUACAGAGAAUAGGAAAGAUGUAGAUUCUUAUCAAGAAGAUAAAAAGGUUAAUACAAACGAACAAAAAGUUGGUCAAAAUAUUGACCAUGAUACAGAGAAUAAGAAAGGUGAAGACUUUCAUCAGGAAAAUAAAAAAGUUACUGUUGAAGAACAAAAAGUUGAUCAAAAUAUUGAUCAAAACAAGAGCAAAUUGUCAAAAGCUAAUGAAUCCAAGUCUGAACACGAAGAAAAUAAUACUCAAGACCAAAGUAUGGAAGAAAAAAAGCAUGAUUAUAAGGAAAC